GAAGAAAAGUUGCACGCUCAAACGCUCACGUUCUCCGCUCGGGCCGCGUCGAGCCUGCAGGAAGCCGCAAAAUGGACCUGUCAGACUACAAAACGGGAACGCCACCUCGAGGCGGCCAAGACGAAAAUGCCGUCCCGACAUCGUCAAGGAAUCGCUUCCGCGUUCUGGGAAGACUUCGACCGCGGCUUCCAGCGAUGCUGCCCUUCGACAAGGAGCAGCCGCACAAGAGGAAGCGAAAGAAGUUGGCUGCCUUUUACGACGUCCACGAGCAGCCAAUUCUUAUGUUGGCCUUUCUUCUGAGCCUGCAGCACUACAUGACGGUGCAAAGCUUGACGGUGCUCCAGCCCAAGGUACUGUCCGAGUUCCUGUGCACGGACGCGGACAACCCGGCCAUCGGGCUGCUGGUGGGCUCCGCCUCCUUCAUCUCGGGCAUCGGCACGCUUGUCCAGACCACCGCUGGAGUCAGGCUUCCCGUAAUCCAGAGUGGCGCCUUGGCCACAUCAUCACCCGCCCUCGCCGAGCUGAAGUUUGACCACAUCCCGUGCCCGGCGAACAGCACACUCGACGACGGGGUCUGGGUGACAAGGCUCCUCGAAGUGCAGGCCGGCACAGCCGUGGCCGCCUUCACUGAGGUGUUCAUGGGAGCGCUGGGUGUCGUGGGCGUGUUCCAGCGCUGGAUCACGCCUCUCACCAUGACUCCCGCCAUCGCGCUCAUCGGCCUCUCCAACAUCUCGGCCGCCACACAGCCCGCGAGCACGAGCUGGACCAUAGCCGCGAUCACCGCGGUGCUUAUCACGCUCUUGUCGCACUACCUAACACCCUGCCGUCCCUCUUCAGAAAUGGCGGCCGUGAAGAAGCUGAACGACUGCAUAACGUUCUUUUCCAUCCUUCCGAUCUUCGUCACCGUAGCCAUCGUAUGGCUUGUCUGCCACUUUUUGACGGUGCAGAACCUCUUCCCGCAAGAUCACGCUGGUCGCACAGACCAGAUGACAAGCCUCAUAAGCAAUACGACGUGGUUCCGUGUUCCGCCCCCAUUCCAGUGGGGCACCCCUGCGGCUGGCUGGGAGUCCAUGGUGGCCAUGGCGUUCGUGAGCCUGAUCACCAUGAUGGAGACGGUGUGCGACUACUACGCGUACGCGGUGGUCGCCGGCCUGCCUCCGCCGCCGCCACGGGCCAUCAAUCGCGGUAUCUUCAUCGAGGGCCUGGGAUGCCUGUUGGCGGGCUGCUUCGGUACCGGCGUUCUUUGCGGCUCGCAGGACUUGAACCUCGGCCUGAUUGCCCUAACCAGGUGUGCCAGCCUACGCGUGGUCCAGAUGGCAGCCGUGAUCAUGAUCGUGUUCGGGCUGAUCACCAAGGAGAGCGUGUUCAUGCUCAGCAUCCCCACGCCCAUCGUCGGCGGGCUGCUGCUCGUGCUCCUCUCGGUCCUGGCGGGCGUAGGACUGGCGCACCUGCGUUACGUGGACUUGACCUCGUCGCGCAACGUGUUCAUCGUGGGCGUCUCCCUCGCCUCGGGCAUCGUCAUACCGAUGCACGUCGGACCCGCGUGCGAGUUCGCCAUAACCCAGGUCCACGUGAUCGACAGGGUGAUCUACGCGUUCUUCUCAUCUGGAUCUGUAAUAGGAGGCUUCGUGGGAUGCUUACUGGAUCACACUAUUCCAGGCACUGAGGAGGAGCGGGGCAUCCUGAAGAUGCGCGAGUGCUUCGACGAGGCCGGCGCGCGGGCCAUGCUUGCGCGCGAUCCGCUUCGCCAUUGGCAGUACUACAGCGUGCCGUGCUUCGAGAAGCUGCUACGGAAGUUCCCCGCGCUGCGCAAGCUGCCCGUGAUGCCCGAACGAGAGCCGCACGUCUCGUACGUCGAGGACGAGUGAUGCUAUAAGGGCUGGAGCCCAUUCGUUAGAGACAAAAAGGAAAUAUGCUUAUAAGUUA